AUGAAUAAAACAGUUGUAGUUGCAAAUGAUAGAUAUGAAUUUACAACAAAUGAUUGUAUAGGUGAAGGAGCACAAGCAACAGUCUUUCUCGGUAGUGACAAGAGAACGGGCAAACGAGUAGCUAUCAAACGUAUUAAACAUAGAAUUAUGGUUGGACAGCCUCCUUCAAAUGCAUUCAAAGUGCCCGAGGAGGAGUUUAAGAUCAUCGAGCCACUCGAUCAUCCAAAUGUACUGCGUUACUUGGACCACAGUCGUCAUGUCGAUGGUAACAAGGCCUAUGAAUAUAUUAUUACAGAGUACAUGGAGCACAAGUCUCUCAGUACAUUCAUCGAAACCAAUCCUACUACCUAUAAAGAUACAAGUAGACUAAGAAAAGCAUUCAAACAAAUUUUAAAAGGUUUAUCUUAUCUUCACAACAACAAUAUCAUUCACAGAGAUAUUAAACCUGCCAAUAUACUAGUUUCAUCAGAUUAUACUUUAAAGAUUGCUGAUUUUGGAAUGAGUAAAUUGGAUAUACAAAGAAGUAUAACCACUCAAGUUGGAUCACAACUAUUUAAUGCACCUGAUCAUGCAUAUGGAACAUCUAAACAAACUGAUUUGUGGAGUUUAGGUAUCACAAUGUUAUGUAUGUGUAUGAGUGCAACCUAUGCAGGUGGUCAUUUAACCAUCUAUCAAGACAUCACUUCAGAACUACGAACUAUUCAUCAAUCUAGAUCUGUCUCUCAAAUACCUAGAUUUAAUACAAUUCCAAAUGAAUAUUUACUGGUUAUUGAUAAAUGUUUAUCGGGAAAAUCAAGUAUUGAAGAUAUAUUGUCUAGUCCACCUUUGGGUAAUUAUAAAUGUCCAGGUGGAGGAGACCAUGAUUUUUCUGGAACCAAUUUAGAACCAAUUAUGGAUUAUUCACACAAGGAUGGAUGGGGAGGUAUUAUCCAUGGACAUAAAUGCUGUGGUCAAUGUUCUGGUAACUUUCGUUGCAAAGGUAGAUGCAAUAAUAAAUGUGAACACCCAAGACAAGUCGGUACUAAAAUACUUUCAAACUAUUGUAUCAAGUGUACCAAACUACUUAAAUAA